GAUGGCACAGUUCCAGUGUUUCCUUCUCCCGAGCAGGCACUCUUUCUCACAAUGAAACUUCUACUGAUCACCGUCGUAGCCACAGUCGUAGCCGUGUGUCACGCAGGUGGUAAAGGCGGAUUUGGAGGAGGUGGAUUUGGAGGAGGCGGAUUUGGAGGAGGCGGCUUUGGAGGAGGUGGAUUCGGAGGUGGCGGUCAUGGAGGCCGAUCGUAUGGAAGCGGCGGUUUUGGAGGCGGCUCUUUCGGUGGUGGCCAUGGAGGAGGAUUUGGAGGCGGAAAAGGAGGCGGUUUUGGAGGAGGAUCCUUCGGUGGUGGUCAUGGAGGAGGAUUUGGAGGCGGUAAAGGAGGAGGUUUUGGAGGCGGAUCCUUCGGUGGUGGUCAUGGAGCAGGAAUUGGAGGCGGAUCCUUCGGUGGUCGCUCAUAUGGAAGUGGUGGUUUUGGAGGCGGCUCUAUUGGUGGCGGUCAUGGAGGAGGAUUUGGAGGCGGUUUUGGAGGUGGUAAAGGAGGUGGUUUUGGAGGAGGCUCUUUCGGUGGUGGUCACGGAGGAGGAUUUGGAGGAGGCCAUGGUGGUUCCUUCGGAGGUGGAUUCUCUGGUGGUCGUAGAUAUGGAUAAAAGAUUUCAGUAUUGUAAAUUAAUAAUUUAAUAAAACGGAAUUCCA